AUGCUGGCCCUGGGGCUCCGAUCGCCCAUCUCCAUCUCCACGAUCCGUUCAUGUCGAACUGUGCCUCCGGCGGCCGUACGGGCCUUCUCGUCUUCGUCGGUGUCCGGCGAUCGAUCGCGUGGCGGCCUCCCCCGCUUCUAUUCCCAAAUACUUCCCUCUUCCAAGGUCAGCGACUCUCUCUUCCCGUUCGUUGGUUGGAGCUUGGAACUUGUUUCUCCUCUUCGUCUCGUGGUGUAGCCGCGAGGAGCAUUCUAUUGGAGGGAAUAAAUUCGUGGACAAAUUACUGCUGCAGGGUGAGACGGUUCGUGUUCAGGGGGAUGAGUUCUGGCACAUGGCGAAGGUCUUGCGUCUGCGUGUCAACGACAGGUGUGCUUCUCUCUCACAUAAUCUCUGAUAAUGAUGCCUGUUCUGAGAGCUGGCGAUGAACGUUAUCCUUAUCGCGCCUCUUCUUUUCUCGGCCAGUUGCAUGCCAGUUCAUUGGGGUGGGACCUAACGCUAGGUGUUGUUCAGUCUCUCCCGAAUCCGGUGUUUGAGUUCCAGAUGAAUGCAAAUAAUCUAUAACGCAUGAGUUUUAUCUGAAUUGGGCGCAGGUUUCCAAUCCUGUAGAAAUAAUUUGCAUCAUGUGCACCAAUGUAUGCUUAAACAAUAACCUAGAUCGUUUCCCGUCAUGGAUUGUAAGGGUAGAACUCUUCAAUGGGAGGGGAGUCGUGAUCGAAGGAUAUAUAGACGGCAUUGACCGAACUGGGAUUGACUUCCUGGCGUCUGAUGAACCAAAAGUGGUCACUCCUAAAAGCGCUCAGUGGGAUGUUUUUGCAGCUUUCGGUGAGUUUUCUGUGAUCACCCGUUCUGCCAUAACCUCUUUAGUAUUUUGUGUAGUGUUCACAAUUAUUUGCGCACUGCAGGCAGCUUGAAAGGUGGCCGAGGAGAUUGGCUAGUUGAGAAGUGUACUGUAUGCUUUCUCCCUCGUUUGGCAAGCCCAAUAGGGUUUUGUUUCUCUGUACGCCUUGAUUGUGUAACUCUGUUUGUUCCCAGGAGCUUGGAGCGAGGAGCAUAACACCAUUGCUGGCCGAAAGGUCUUCUUCAAUUACAGAGAAUCGAGUAGACCGGUUGCAGCGAGUUGUAUUAGCUGCUAUCAAGCAAUGUGGGUGCAUGAAUCUACUUCCUCUCGACUCUCUGGAAAAUCUGCUGUUCUUCCACAUGGGCGAUAUAUGGAUCCAUCAACUGUUCCUCUGAGGUUUCAUUUGGCUUACUAGAUUAUUCUCUAUGUUUAUGUAGGUCAACGACUGGAUGAAAUGAAGCUGAAUCCUCCUUUGAAGUUUCAGGACUUUUUGCCAGUUGUGAGUCGAUUCUUUUUUCGAGUUGCAAUGAAAUAAUUAAAUGCUGCCUGAGAUUCUCACGAUGACUUUCAAGGAAAGCAAAAUGACCAUAAAAUCGCUUUUGCUGAUACCAUACACAACUAGAAUUAUAGAAUCACUGAAACAGUUGUGAUCGUGUAUCAUCUGUAAAGAGAUGAUCUAUCUUGUGUCACUGAGCUUUUAACUGAUUUUUACCUGGAACCCAUGCUAUUGUUUGAUCUGUUCAUUAAAAUCCCAUGAAUACACGUACCUAGGAUGUGCUCAGGUCCCGACCAAAGUGUUUUUCCUAGGGAUCUCAUGAAAGAAAAUGAUAGAGAAUGCCCACCGGGGAGCGAAUUACUUCGUAUCCCUCUGGCUUGAAUCAUAAGUGAGUGGCUUAUAGUCUUAAUAUUUUUCUAGAACAAUGCUCCGUGGAAAUCUCGAGUCUGUUAAUUAUUGUUGACAGCCGCCCAAGGGAGCGAUCACAAGUUAUCUUGCCAUUCUUCCGGAAUCUGGUGUGAUUUGAUUAGCGUAUAAGAUCGAGCAGGUUCUCUGUGAAAUAUGUGGAAAUAAUCUUCGUUGAUUUCUUCUUUCCCCUGUUCAUCUCAGAUUGCCGAGACCAAGCUUGCUUUCCUCGCCGCAGCUGGAGCAAGUCCUCUUUGUAAAACCUUAAAUCUCUCUAGAUUAGAGGCCAGUGGACUCAUCAUCGUCGGCCCAGAAGGGGGUAAGAAAACCUCCUCCUUUAUCCCUUUGCAGAUUUUCUUUGUUCCGCUUGGACUUAAACCUGGCAACAUUCAGAUAAGGCACUGAACCUCUCUCUCUCUCUCUCUCUCUCUCUCUCUCUCUCUCUCUCUCUCUCUCCAUCUGCAUGUAUUUUUAUUUGAGAUAGAAAUGGAUAGAAAUUAUAGAUUCUUGGAAAUUUAGGGCUUCAGUUGAUGAUGCUCAAUUUCCAUGCUCCAAGGCUCUCGUCUGGAGCUAAUUCACCAACUCAAGUAUCCCCACCCUGCGCAUUCUGAGAAACUGAUGAUGGGAACUGUUCCCCUGAAUUCUUUCAGACUUCACGGAGAAGGAGGUGGAGCUCAUGACCGAAAGAGGCGCCACUCCAGUCGGCCUCGGCCCGUGCCGGCUACGCGUGGAGACGGCGGCAGUCGCACUUCUGUCGGCUCUGAUGUUGUGGUCCGAUGCUCAGGGAUCCAUCUCCCCAUCAGAGCAAAAUGGCUCCGAGGCCUAG